CUGAUAAAUAAUUGUUCCAUGAUUUUCAAUAAUAUUUUUAAAAAAAUAGUUUGCCAGUUGAUAAGUUCUUGUCCAAAAAUAAAAAAUACAAACAUUUCCCCCCUCUCAAUAGCAUUGGCAACCAUAAAGAGCAUGGGAACAGAUAAAUUUGGUAAUACUAAGAGACAAGGAUACUUAUCAUGGGAUGAAUAUUUUAUGUCAAUUGCAUUACUUUCUGCUCAAAGAAGUAAAGAUCCAAAUACUCAGGUUGGCGCGUGUUUGAUCAAUAUGGAUAAAAAGAUCAUAGGUAUAGGUUAUAACGGUAUGCCCACUGGUUGUAGUGACGACGACUUACCCUGGGCAAGAGAGGCCACAAAUGUCCUUGAUACAAAAUAUAUGUACGUGUGUCACGCAGAACUCAAUUGUAUUUUGAACAAAAACUCUAAUGACUCUAAAAAUUCAACUAUGUACAUUACAUUGUUCCCUUGUAACGAAUGCGCCAAAUUGAUCAUUCAGGCGGGUGUUAAAAGGAUUAUAUAUCUUUCUGAUAAGUACGACCAGACCCCGCCUAAUAUUGCUUCAAAAAGAUUACUCGAUAUGGCUUUCAUUAAAUACACGAAAUUCGAAACAAGCCGCAAGCAAAUUGUGAUAAAUUUUUAGCAUUUAAAAUAAAACAAUCCAAAAAUAAUGUUUUUUUUACAAAUUAUAUAAGUACAGAUUGAUUUUCAUAUCUUCAUCUUGAUCUUAUAGUGUGAUAUAUAUUCAAAGCUAUUGAUACUACUAUAAGCGAAAUUAGAAUUCCAACUAAAUAAUUUAUAUAUAAAAAAAUUUAAUAAUAAAAUAUCAUUUUGGGGUGUGUUAUGCAAACUUAUUAUUUGGUUUUAAGAAAAAUUAAAAUAUGCAAAAAAAUUUAAGAGUUAAAAUUAUUUUAAAAAAUAUCCAAAUUAAGAUACAAUUUAUAACAGGUGUGCCGAUGCCACUUUUUUGACUGAGGCCCUAUGCCACUAAUACUAGCCACUGGUGCUCAAUUUGUUAAUCUAAAGUUAUAUGAUCCAAAUUAGCAGGCAAGGUUUGAAAAUAAAAAUUCAACCUAGCCUAAAGUUGUGGUAAUUUCUUAUAUAAUAAUCAUUAGAGACCUGUGCAGAGGUCAAAAUUUCAGGUCCGAACCGAAAUUUUUAAAAUCUAACCAUUAAUAAUUUUGCAAAUUGUUUCGAAGGUCCGAGCAGUAAAUGAAUAUAGUUCCAUUAUAUUAUUUUAUAAAUUCUACCCGACCCAUUUUUUCAUUAAUAUUUUUAAGCCCGGCCCGGAUUUUUAAAAUCAUACCAUUUUUAGCGGCCGGGGCUAUAUGUUUGAUAAAUAUUUAUUAUCAAUGUUUAUAAAUAUGGAACCUAGGACAAAUAUAUUCAUUUUAAUAAUAUUAAUUUUUUCAAUAGCGGAAACUUCUUCUGAAUUUUAUAUCAGAUACCAGUUUCAAUGAAAAUGUUUUUUUUGUUGCUUCGAAAUCAUUUUUCUUUAUUAAAUUAUAAAAUUAAUAGAAACAAUAUGGGCUUAAGAUAAGAGCAAGUUUUGCGAAAAAAAUAAUACAAUAGUAUUAGCUUCUUAUGUGUUAUCCCUAGGAAUAAAAAAUCUUAGGUUUUUCAGGUAAAAACAAAAUUUCAAAUCUAUUUAGGGGAGACCGGGGAUAGUGUGUUCCCGGGGUAGGUAUUUCCUUCUCAAAUAAUUUAAAAAUUAAUAAAGUUUAAGAUUUGAAAUUUAAGCCAAAUAUGUAUUAUAAUAAGGUGCUUAAGUAGGUCCAAAAUUGUUUCGGACAAAAUUGCUUA